AUGAAAACCACCGGAAUCCUCACCAUCACAGCCCAGGCGCAACUGCCAGUCCCGGCUUCAAAUGAACAGGAGCACGUGAACAAACUUGAAAUCGAUUCCUUUGUCGACAGUGGCAUCCCAACCUCCAACUUCAAGGCCCUAUGUCACCCCUUAGUGGACGUAGUAGCCAGAGAGGUAGACGACUACUUCCUCAAGCACUGGCCGUUUCCCGACGCGCGAAGCCGAAAAAGAUUUGUCGGCGCCGGUUUCUCGCGCGUGACGUGCCUCUAUUUCCCCAUGGCGCUGGACGACCGGAUCCAUUUUGCCUGUCGGUUGUUGACAGUUUUAUUACCUUGGAUUAACUCAGAUCUGCUCGAGCACAUGUCCCUCGCCGAAAGGGAGGCCUACAACGCUCGUCUCAUGCCUCUGAUGCGCGGAGGGGACAUACCGCCUGACCGCUCCGUCCCGGUUGAGUACAUCACAUACGACCUGUGGGAAGGCAUGCGGGCGCAUGACCGUUGGAUGGCCAACGACAUCCUCGAGCCCGUCUUUAUCUUUAUGCGUGCGCAGACAAACAAGGCACGCACCAAGCCGAUGGGUCUGAAGGAGUACCUCGAAUACCGGGAACGCGAUGUCGGGAAAGGACUCCUCGCGGCACUGAUACGCUUCACAAUGGGCUUGUCUAUCCCCUCACCGGACCUUGACCUCGCCCGCCCCGUCGACAUGAACUGCUCGAAGCAUCUAUCAAUCAUCAACGACAUCUGGAGCUUCGAAAAGGAACUUCUCACCUCACAGACGGCACAUGAAGAGGGCGGGUCCCUGUGCACAGGUGUGGCCACGAUCGCAGCAGACGCUGAGAUAUCAACUGCUGCUGCCAAAAGGGUGCUCUAUAGCCUCUGCCGGGAAUGGGAGGCGCAACAUUUUGAUUUGGUCCAAGCGGUUCUCGCACGCCGGGAUACGCCAGAGCUGAGAAAGUAUUUGCAAGGGUUGGAGUAUCAGAUGGCCGGGAAUGAGCUGUGGAGCCGGACGACGUUGAGAUAUCUGGUGCCGGUUGAGUGA